CUUCAGCAUGCAGGAGAGAAAAUUGGGAAAUUUAUCAUGCAAAAAUUGUUGUGCAAAGGAUUUACAGGGCAAUAGUACCACCUUUGAUGAAGAAUAUAGAGUACCAAUAUAUGUGAGCACUGUAAGCAUUCUCUUCUAGGUUUAAAGGAGUUAUGGCUUCGAAGCAGUGUCAUAUGAUGAUGUUUCCAUGGCUGGCAUUUGGCCAUAUGAUACCAUUUUUUGAGUUCUCCAAGAGACUAGCAAAGAAGGGUAUCCAAAUAUCAUUCAUUUCUAUGGCAAGGAAUCUGCAGAGGCUGCCUCCAGUUCCUCCAAGUUUUGCAGACAAGAUAAGGUUGGUGGAGAUCUCAUUGCCUUCAGUUGAUGAGCUGCCGGAGAAUUGUGAGGCCACUAUUGACCAGCAACUAGAGCAAGUACAGUAUCUGAAGAAGGCUUGUGAUGGUUUGCAGGCUCCAUUUGAAAAUCUGAUGCAUGUGGACUUACCAGAUUUGAUACUGUUUGAUUUUGUUCAGUGUUGGAUCCCUGAAACUGCUGCUAAAUUUGGUGUCCUUGCACAUUCUUUAGUGCAUACUCAGCUUCUAUGCUAGCAUUCAUGGGACCACCCAAUGAGCUAAAGUCUUUUAACAAACGAACCAAAGGCAAAAGAUCUCACAACAGCACCUGAAUGGUUCCCCUUCCCUUCUCUGGUCUCAUACCAACGUGAUCAAGCUGCAGUUGGGUUCCAAAGUUUGAGAAUACCUGACAAAUCUAGCAUGUCAACUGGUCAGAGAUUGGUUAAAACUCUGGAGGGCUGUAACUUUGUUGCCGUCAGAAGCUGUGAAGAAUCUGAAGGUGAAUAUUUAGAUCUC